CACUUCUGCGAAUGCGUACGAAAGGGCACAGAAAACGUUCAUAGACACUUUUCAUGAAUGGCCAAGUGCAUCUAGUGGGUUCAAUCUGCGUACACCCGCCUUUCAGCUGAAAAAGACGAAUGUGUACUGUAUGAUGGCGAGUGCAACCUGUACAAUCAUCCCAAGUGAUUGAACGAGCCGAGUUGACAAAUUUUAAAUUGGCUUAAAAUUCAGCUAUCCCUUGGCCCUAAGUCCAUUGUGUGGAAUUCUAUAGUGAACAUCAUGAGAGGAUUGGCCGAUAUUCUUCGUCUUGAGGACUUAAGUGAGGCCAAUUGGGAGCGGAUUUUCCAGAGUUAUUUCAAAACAAAGAACGUGAAGAUCUUGGAUAUUGGUGGCCAAACCAAACUGGAUGGAAUCAAUGAGCAAUACAAUUCGGAUAUCAAAAAGAUAUCUUUGAAAUUAAGUGUUAAUGGAGAAGACAAAGAAGUACACACGUUCAUCAAAGUUCCUAUGGAUAGUAUCUUACACGAUACAAACGGCAAACUUGUCAUGACCUUUGCCAAAGAAAUAUUCUGGUACAAGGAGGGAUCCGUAAUCCUAGGUUCCAAAUAUCCAGAGCUGAAAGGAAUAUCCCCCACGCUGUUUCAUGGAGCUUCCACCUUUCAAGAUGAUUUCGUGUCCCCAGGUUGUUGUCGAAAGCAUUGUUGCUUCUUUGCUUGGUGUCUUUGCACCAAGAAAGAGCAAGGCAUCAUGAUCAUGGAGGAUUUGACUAAACUUCCUCAACCUUACCAAAUGCACAAUAAGAUAAAAAUUCUGCCUCUGGAGCACACCAAACUGGUUGUGGAUAAAGUGGCUCAUUUCCAUGGCGCUUGGUGGCUUCUGCUCAAUGAUAAAGAAAUCCCUUCGGACUUUCCCCUUAACCAAGCUAAAAUCAAGGAUAUUUAUGCCAUGAAAACUCCUCUCGGUUUUGAGGCGAUGAUUCGCAAAAUGUUCCAAUCUAGUUUUAAGCAUUUUGGAAACAUGCGAAUUGCCCGAGGCGAUGACCAAGUCAAAAUCGAUGUCAUGCUCAAAAGCGUUAAGAAUAUGGCAAAGGCGGUCUCUUCGGAAUUCCUCGGGAAAAACGAUAACUCUGUGUUCCGGACAUUGCUUCACGGCGAUUUGUGGAAUAACAACAUUUUGUUCCAAUUAAAUUCAGAUGGAAGCCCAAAAGAUGUCAAAUUCAUCGACUAUCAAGUCUCCAACAUUGGUCAUCCCGCGGUGGAUUUGUGUUAUUUGCUGUAUAGUUGCACGGAUCGUCAAUUUAGGGACCAGCACUUAACACAACUGCUGAGGUCCUAUUUCACCAUAUUUUCCUCUUAUUUAUCGCCUCACAUACCUGACAUCAGUUUUGAGCAAUUUUACCAAGAAUUUCAAGAUCGACGAGCCAUCGGAUUGGUGGGAGGUGUGUUGGUGAUGCCCAACUCUUUAAGUCCUGAUCAAGUGACCAUUAGCGGAUUGAAUUGGCAGAGCAAACUUGAAGAGCAUCGACAAAAGUUAUUUUUGUCGGAGACUUCUCAUCCCUCCGUGAAGGAACUCCGUCGACGAGUCUUUGACAUGAUUGAUGAGUUCGAGGAACUCGGGAUAUUUGAAAAGUACAUCAAAUAGCUUGCCUUUUUACGUAAAUUGAUAUGAAAAGAAACCGUGAACUACGAAUAUAUCAAAUUCUUGCAUUGCUGAUUUGGACUCGGAGAAGCACUGCAAAUCAUAAUCGCCUGCCUCGUAUAUAUAUACUAUCUAUGAUACUGUAGCUAAGCAGCAUCAGACUUGAACAAUUUUUUGAUCAAAAUUCCUGAUCAACCUUUCAUUCAAGGGUUAGGCAGAUCCGUCUACUCUAAUUUAUUAAUGGAUCAAAUGUUGCAUGAGUAAAAGCAAAGAAAUAAAUUAAUUUUUCGUCUUCAA